AUGGUUGCAAUUAAAUUUGUGAAACCAAGUAAAAAUGAAAAAUGUAUAAUUUUGCUCGAUGGACACACUACUCAUUCUAAAAACUUAGAGGCCAUAAUAUUAGCUAGAGAAAAUGGCAUAAUAUUACUGCAACUUUCGGGGCAUACGACCCAUAGGUUGCAGCCUCUAGAUAUUGGAGUUGUUAAGUCCGUGGAGUCAAGCUACAUGCAGGUCAUGGCAAACAGGCUUCGAACAAAUGUUGGUCAAAAGGUAACACAGUUUGAAGUAACUGCUUUGUUAACAGAAGCAUACAAAAACUCUGCAUCAACAAGUAAUUCCGUAAAUGGAUUUAGAGCUUCGGGGGUAUGGCUUGUAAACCGAAAUGGUUUUUCUGACACAGAUUUUGUGGCAAGUGAAAACCUACUGAUCCCAGACACUGUUGAACCCGAGAAGGAAGAUACUCCUAGCGAAGUUACAGAUGUGGCAAAUGAAAAUCAAGCCAUUCUUGUCCAGGAAGAUCCGAGCCCAUCAACAAGUAGACUAACACAAGAAGAAAAAAUGAGACCACAUAAAGAUAGUAAGACCGUUUUAAUUGAAAAAAUAAGUCCACUACCAAAACCAAAAAUUGUCAAAAAAUUGGGUGAAAGGGCCAAAAGGGCUACACAAAAAGUGGCAAUACUGACAGAAAGCCCUUAUCAAAAUGAGCCCGAGGAAAAAUAUGCUUUAAAGGCACGAAAAGAUGAAAUGAAGAAGGCUAAAGAGACUGCCAAAAAAGAUAUUUUUCAAACCAAAAAGUCAAAACAAAAUACUAGAAAAACUAAGCCUUCUGAUAAAGAAGAUAAAAUUAUAAUCGAGACUAAUGCAGAUGACUGGUUUUGCACAAUAUGCCAAGAGUCUAUAGUUGAAGAUAUAAUAAAGUGCAACAAAUGUGAAACAUGGGCACAUGAAAUGUGUUCUGACUUAUCACGACUUAAGGGCGACUACGUGUGCGAAUUCUGUCUUUAA